CAAGGAACGUUGGGAAAAGGCAAACUCGUUUGGCGCAUUGUUCACAUGUUUGUAAACAUGAGAAACCACACGAAAUAGAUGAAGGAUAGAAGUACAUCGAAUGGAUACCAAUACAAAUUACGAGCAAGAUGGGUCAAGCUUUUACUAGUAGCCAUAGCAAGCACCCAAUUCUUUCCAGGUUCCGGAGGUGUCGCCAGGGGUGUUACUCGUCGUGUACUGCACAGCGAUGUAGAGAUAAUUUUUGUAAGUCACCUUGGCGCCCGCAUUGUAUGCAGUGCCCUGGUACCAAGUGGGAAUGUAGUUGCAAUAGACAUAGUUACUAUACGGUGUCUUGCAAUAUCCGUUCGGAGUCCACUCGGAGGCGGCAGUUUCGGGAGUUUUGUUGUUGCUCCACGACUUAGCGGUCCACAGCUGGUUGUUGUAAAUCACAGGCGUGGCGCCGGCGCUGUACUGUGCCGGAAAUAUGAGCAGAGGAAGAUCAUGAGAUGAGUAACACUCACUGCGAGAUUGGACUGCCAGGGCUGGUAACCGUCGCACGAGACUUGAGUAGGAGUGCCAGUGGGAGCCUGUCUAGCCUGAUGAUGCUGAGACGGUUGAGUCGUCCACGUUGGCGUGGGGCAGGAUACAUAGUUCAACUGUGAUUUACCAUCGACCCAUGUGGUUGUCGUGCAUGUAUAAGACUGCGUGUGAUG